UAAACUUAAACCGACCAAUGCACUGUAAUCUGUUCAUAAAUCUGUUUAACCAAUAUAUACUUAUAGAAGUACAGGGACAAGGAAGUUAAAAUACUGUCAGUUAUUAUACUUUUUUAUCAAUUACGAAAAAAAACAGUGUUUCAUUAUUAAUGGAAUUAGUUUUAAUUUGUAAUAGAAAUAUCGGAUUUAUCUGUUUCCGGUUUAACUUGAACUUUCAAAUCACGAGACUAACGUACAUAGGAGUGUUUUAUAAAGGGUAUAACUUAUAAACGCAUUUGAAGACAUGAAUGAACGCUUCAAUGAUUCUACGAAUAUGCCUACUUCUAUUUCUCGAGGUCGGUGGAGAUAGAGUAUUUCGACCUGUGGACACUAAGUGUAUCCCAAUAUGUUCAAAUUGGAAGGAGAAAGGCUGGGUCUUCAACUGUGAUGGGGACAAUACCGCAUGUGACUGGCAGUGUUCGGCCCAGAGAAAGGCUUGUCCUGAGGGCCUCACGUAUCACUGCGCGGCUGACUACGCGGACUUUGAACUACAUACCGGCAAUAUCAACUACUUGGAAGAAUGUGCGCUGGAAAAGCCCUGCAAGAGAGGCGAGGAACCAAGUAUUACUCUAUACGCCAAUGGAGAAAAACUACCUCCAAACGCGGCAAAGAUUAAUUGUAUACCUUGCUCAAACAAAUAUUUCUACAACAGCCAAGAUGGCAGAUUGUCCUCGUCAUAUAGCAGGUGCUUUCAAGAAAAGUUUAACAAGUGCAUUCCGGAGGACAACAAAAUUGACUGUGGUGAGUCGUGGAUUAAGCGAACGGAGAGUGAUGGCUACUGCAGGUGCGAUGCGAGGAGUGGGUUCGCCCCUGAGAAUGAAAACAUCGACUCAAUGUGCUUCUACACUGAUGAAAAUUGUAUGUCAAAGAAAUGUCCGUCUAAACAGGAGCUGGCUUUAAAUUACACCUGCAUCAGCAAUUGUCCAGACGGUUACCACAGGACAGACGAUUCAGAUAUAUGUGUUGAGGGAGCAAGCGCCACAACUAAAAGGAGGCCGCCAACGACAGCUCCUUCAACAAAAGAUAAAAAAUACAGUCAGGUAACAAUCGCUUCUACAACUGAAAAAGAGAAAGUUGUCGUGAGUUCGAGGAAGACAAACUAUAAGCAGACAGUACUUGGAGCAGUUGGACUCAUAGUAGUAGGCCUUAGUGCAUGGAUACUGAUAACGAUUUGUUGUCACAAAAAAAUGAUUUUGAAGGAAUGCCACGAAAAAGACUGGAAGGAAGCAGCCAGAUUAGCGGUGGAAAAAGCACUCUGCCAAAACUCUUCUUGUUGUAAAGCAGGUAAGGCUGAAAGUACACACAGCGGCGAGUCACAGCAAGAGCUGGAGGAAGAAGACCAAGGUCUUCUUUUACAUGUCAAACAAGGAGGCACGGGCGUUCCUUGGAAAAGAAAAAUACCAAGUGACCGAGAACUAUGGUACGUUGCGUCGUUAAUUGGAGAAAACUGGAAAGGUUUGGGUUCAGAUCUGGGGCUCAACCACACCAGAAUACACCAAAUUGAAUAUGACAACCAUAAAACUGGUCAUAUUGAUGUUGUUCAUCGUAUGCUGAUAGAAUUGCGCAACUCCAGAUCUUAUGCAUCACUAAAUGAUUUAAAGGAAGCAAUUAUUCGGUCAGGCGUUGACUUUAACUGGGGCUCUGAAAAAAUUCAGGAGCUAUUCGAGGAGCGUGACCAACACGCUGACUCGAAUGAUACUGUGGACGAGCUUGACCGAAACGCUAUCCCUAAUGAUACUAAGACGAACAACACUAUCGAUAUUGAAGCAGAUGUGCAUACACCUGGUAGCAGCGGUGUCAGUACUAGCAGCAUAGCCAGUACUAGUAGCAAAGCCAGUAGAGGCGGGACGGCAGAAACUCAAUUGUAACAUUACUUCAACGUUUGCAAAGGUUGUGCAAGAAAACUUAAGUUGCAUAAGUUACCCUCGCAGCGUUCGACACUAACUGUGUCACAGGAUCUCAAGGACACAGCUUUCUUUUGGAGGGACUCAAGAACCUCCAAGUCAGGUGUUUUAAUUGUGCCUUUUUGCUUUGGCAGAAACUAAAUUAGAAACCCAAACUAUAAGUAAAGCUCAAUCAGACAAAAUCAAAUCAACAAUCGAAAAAAAUAUCUUUUUUGUGUCACUUCUGGAUCCUUGGAAAAAAAUGUUAGUGUCGACCAUUGCGCUGUACAGCAAAUAUACGAGAUGUCCCAAAACACUUCUUAGAUUAUAAGUAAAAGAAGCUGCAUAUGUUAUAAAAUUAUGUUGUCAACAAUUGUUUCUUAUGUACAAAAAGGAAUUCGUCAUAAUUGAAUUGUGCUAAAAUUUGUCAAUGAAAUAUAUCCUUCGUUUGCUUCAGGGGCGGUCCUUUUUGGGGUGAUUUUCAUCUGCUGAUUGUCUUAUCAUGUGAUAACAUGCGAAGUAUUAGUUUACACUAUAGUUUAAUUAUUAUCAAUGGCAUUUAAACAAUGGGAGAGUUUCUAGAUAAUCCAGCAAAGUUAUCUCUGCAGCGCCCCUAACAAAUAAGAGGUAUACACCUGUAUGCUCGCUAUCUCUGUGUACAACUGGUUUACAUUGAAUUACAAUGGGAGAAUGCAGAGUAUGUAAUCAUCUGACCUGAUCUAAUUAAUAAGUUAAUGUUUAUAUUGCAAAGUAAACUGAUUAACACUGCAGUCUUAGAAAUGGUGAAUUACUGUUGUGUUCCACUUUGUAAUGGGUUUGGGGGGUUUCAUUUUCCGAAAGACAAAGGAUUAAAGAAUAAAUGGAGAGAAGCAGUAAAGAAGGGUGUGCAUGAUAAUAAAUUGAAGUUAUGGUCUAAGUGAUCUUGAUAUACUAGAAUGGAAUAUCCUGAAUCGUAAAAUACUUAGUGGAUACUUAAUAAAAAUAAAGACAGAUAUAAAGUGAUGAUUUCAUCAUUUCAGACACACACACUAUCAUGAUUAUGUCACGUUUUAAUGCGCAUACUUAAUACAUCUUGCCUUUAUACAUGUAAUAAAGUGAGUUAAACUGAGCUUUCCUGUCUGUGUAUCAGUAGUGAUCCACUAUAUAUGGUCU